CUUGCGAAAGAUAACUCAAUAAAUGCUACAUGACGAAGGGUAAAUUUAGCCAGUUGUUAGACGGAUAGCUGCAAAUUUCAAUUUUGCCUGUGCUCCUUACAAAAUCUACUCCAACGACAUUACAUCAUGCGUUGGUUCCAUCUCUUGUUCACUUUUGGCGCAGUUUACUGGAGUGGUCCCCAUCUUUACUGCCAUGGAUUGGAUCUUUCGAUAAUAGUCGAUACCUUAGUUGGACCGCUUGGACCAGUACCUCUUCGCUGUGGUUUAGAACUUACCAAGCCAAUCUGCAAUUCCACUUCUGGCGAAUGCCAUUGUCCUAAGGAUUAUCCCUGCGAGAGAAACUACGACUGCUUCGAAGGCAAUGACACCAGUUUAAUUCGGGUGGGACUUGAUUGCGUUGGAAUGCCUGAACUAUAUCCGUCUUGCUGCUGGAAAAGAUGUAGUGGAGAUACUGCUGGCUACUGCCGUUGCCAAUCUAGCGGUUUGUUAGGGUGCAGAGGUGGGGACGACGGGAUAGCAGUCUACAAUCAAAACUGUUGAACAAAAAAUUUAAAUGAGCCUUGAGAAAAUUUUAUGCAGGGAGAAAGAAUGAUUUUACUUAAUUAUUUUCAAUUGAAACAAAUAAAUAAAAUCUAUCAAUGUAUACAUUUUGUUUGUGAAGUUAAAAAA